CGUCACCGGCCACAGCUGCACGCAUCUCUGGGCACGCGGCCCUGCUGCCGACGUGGCGCGAGCUCGAGCGGAAGGGUUGCCUGAGCGCGACUGUCAGCAGAACUGAGCACCAUGUUGCAAGAUGAGACAGUGGAAGACCUUAAUACACAAUUGCCCCCUGCCCUCCCCCAGACUGCCCCUGAUGAAUCUGCCUCCAUUGCUGCAAUCUUUACAGAUGAGGUCCAGUCAUUAUCACAACUCUCACUGGGUACUUCAGCACCUGACCCAACCCGGGAGGCUGUAGAAGAGCAGAGUACAGUCAGGGAUGUUGAAGAGCAGCACUUACACCAGUCAGAAGAAAAACCUGAGGAUCAAGUGACUGAAUGUGAGGAAUCAGUUUGCCUGGACUCUGAUGUUAUACAGGGAGAAGCACAGGGAUUAGAGCCCCUGGAUGAGUCUAAAUCUAAAGGGUGGAGUAGUUGGGGCUCUUGGGGAAAGUCACUUCUGACCACUGCUACAUCCACCGUGGGUCAUGGGUUAAGUUCAGUAAGAGAGAAAGCAGGUGUGGCAUUACGGAUGCGUCAGACCUCAUCAUGCGAGGAGGCAGAAGAGGCCCAUGAACAUCCUGGGACAGUGACUGCAGAAGACAGUCACAUAGAGGAGGUUCAAAGAGGAGUAUUGUCAACCAUCACCAGUGCUGUUCAGAACACUGGUAAGUCAGUAAUAACGGGAGGUCUUGAUGCUCUGGAGUUCAUUGGAAAGAAGACCAUGAAUGUCUUGGCAGAGAGUGAUCCAGGCUUUAAAAAGACCAAAAUAUUGAUGCAGAGAACUGUCUCUCUGUCUCAGAUGUUAAAAGAAGCAAAGGAUAAGGAGAGAGAGAGACUGAGCAGUCAGAUGGUCACAGAGCCCACCGCUCACUAUGGGAUCUUGUUUGAUGACUACCAAGGCUUGUCUCAUCUAGAGGCGCUGGAGAUACUUUCCAAUGAGAGUGAGGGGAGGGUUCAAGCCUUUUUGUCUUCUUUGGAAGAGGAAGUUUUAGAGGUUCUAAAGAAGGAGCUGAUUGAGAUUAAGGAGAUCUUCAUCACUCAUGAGGAGGAGGAAGUUAAUGCCAGCUCAGGGGAAAACGCUGCUGAUGGAGAGGAGUUUGUCAGUGUUCUUACCGAGCUACUCUUUGAACUCCAUGUUGCUGCAACUCCAGACAAACUGAACAAAGCUCGUAUUAAAGCUCAUGAUUGGGUGAGAGAGGUGGAGCAGUCCAAGGAAGUUGCCAAAAGCAUAACAGAAGAAUUAAAGGGAGAGAACUGCACUGCUUGUCCUGCUCCAGAAAAAGAGGAGGACAAGAAAGAGAAGGAAGCAGAGGGAGACAAAGAGGAGAAUAAUAAGGAAGGAAACUCAGAUUUUGUUGAGAAGGUUUAUCUGUCAUCUGUGGGAAGUCUUGCUGAGGUGACCGCUCGUAGUAUAGAACAACUACACAAAGUGGCUGAGUUGAUCUUACAUGGACAAGAUCUAGAGAAACCAGCCUGCCAACAGGCAGGAAUAUUGGUCAGGUUAACGUGUGCCAUGUGUAAGGAGGUUGGCUGUUUGGCACGGAAGUUCUCGGAAACUCUUCUGGCUGUGGGGAGUCUCAGAAAGGCAGAACUAGUCAAUCCUCUAGUGGACAGUGUGAUGCUGGAGGGUUCUAAUAGCACUACCUAUAUACAAAACGCAUUCCAGCUGCUGAUGCCUGUUCUUCAAGUCUCGCACAUCCAGACCAGCAGAUCUGCAGUCAAGCCAACCCAAGAUCCAACAACCACAGAAUAGUGCCCUCAUCCUGUUUGUGUGUUUUCUGUGUGUUUCUGUCAUAUCUGUCUGUUUGUGUUCUGUGUUUGCUUCAGUAUGAGAACUUACACCACAAAAGUGCAAUUCUGGUAUAUAUAUAGACUCCUAAAAAUGAGAUAACUCAGAAUUUAAAUGGAUUGAAACUCCUAACUUAUUUAGGAAGCUGCUUAUGUGUGAUUCCUCCUGAUACUAUGUCCAUUCUUUUUUAAGUUACCUUUAAAAAAACUGAACAUUAGUAAUCAUGUGUUGCAUUGAGUGUGCAGGUGUGGAGGAGCAAAUUUUGACAUAAAUCAAAUUUAAAUCAAUCACUCUUAAACCAUCAUCUGUUUUUAUUUUGAAUAAUGUAAAUGAAGAACAUAAUAUGUAAUAUG